ACCAUUCAGCGAUACGGGUGCAACUUCAUCCCUUCAUAUUUGAAUCGAUUCGAGUCCUCUCGUGGCACGCUUUAUACUAGAUGUUAUAUAUUAUAUACAAAAUACAUCCAUAGUAAAAUCUCUUCUGUUUCGCGCUAGACAUAUCGUAGAGUUCAAAUCAUCACUGGAGCAGAGUUUUUCCAGUCAAGCCGGUUGGUAGUGCUUUUCAUCCAGAGCAUCCAGUCAGUCGUUACUAGAGCACAGAAGCAGAUGCUCCAUUACACUCCUAGUCUUAACUGCGUCAAGUUGUUGUUUUGAAGAGCAUCAUCAUCUAUAUUGGAUUUCUACCGGAUAACCGUCGAUGUCUAAGUAUUAUCACAGCGGUAUAUUGCAGUAAUCAGUAAUCGCCAAUAACCACGGCUGCCUUUAAACGCAUGUGUUUAUGUGAGAAAAAAUGUAACUACCGUCGAUGCAGUUCAGAGCAUAAAACAGCACAAUAGAAAGGUGAAGUGGAAGAGGUGACAAUAGAUUAGAAAUAUGGUAUAUGUAGAUAUAUUUAUAAUGCUAGGCUACAUCAGUGAAUAAGUGAGUGCUGUGAUUGUAUAAUCAGUUCAUGCGGUUUCUAAUAGUACUGAGAUGAGGUGGUCGUAUUUGGUUACCUCGUGCAACGAUCCUAUUGAAUUUCACCUGGCAGAAUUGAAAAAAAUGUCAACUAUUGUCGUUUACCAGCAGUCAAAUACGUUGAGGCUUUUAUGAACCGAGUGCGUUUUUGUUUGCUUGAAAAGUAAUACUCUCCUCGUUCUAGCGUACAUGCGGAAAUAGACGAGUAAGCAUAAGCUAAUAGUAAUAGCAAAGCUAGUAACAAUUAAGGGUGAGUAAGCGGAUCAGUUUAAAAAAUGUUAAAUAUUAUCUGACUUUCGAGUGCUAAUUGUUAAACUAACAGUAAUAUAUUGUGAUGUAUUUAAUGCUGGAACAGCUCUAGUAUGGACAAACUUCAGCUCUAGUAUUUCCAUAGAGGGCCGCCUUCCCGCAUAAAUGUGUACCAUAUGCCAACCAUUCCAUCAAUCGUUUUAAAACCAUUUCCAAUAUGGUUUGUUCAACAAUAGAUUAACCAUUGCCCAGUAUAAUAUCGAACAUAACCAGAGCCGUUUAUUUAUACUUGACCAUACAAACAACGGGUUGUUAAGAACAGUCACCAUACCAAAAUGUGCUGUUUUCCAUAUACAUUUUGACAACAUACCAUUCAAGAACCAUACAAAUAAUGGUGGCAUGAAUAUUUUAGGUCUAGCGAUGGAUAAAAUAUUAGCUGGAGAAAAAAAUCUCUUCCCUUUCACACAUUUCAAUUCUAUCGAUUGAUGAACUAUUGUUUUGCUUUCGCCAUCUUCUGAAGAAUGUUUCGUUGACACUAAGUGGACUAACACUUUAUCCAAUUGAGCUAUCUCCAUAAUAUUGUUAGAUGAGGAUUUUUGACCAUCUUAAACUACAGAUUUUUGAAGCAGGGUAAACAGAUAUACGAAUAACAAAACCCACCAGAGCAAUAUUAACCUCUGGCGCCAAAGGACAAUGUAGUAUACAAAUCUCCAAUAUAGGAUACACAGAAGGUAUUGGAAAUUUUAAUUAAAAUGGGUAUGGUAGUAUAACAGUUCAAUUAUAAUGUGAAAUAUAUCAGUAGUAUUCCCAAUAUGGUGAGCAUUAUACGAAUAGUUUAGAAAUGGUUCCGAAGAUUUCUGGAACGGUAUUUAUUUAUACGGGUUGGGGGAAUCUGAUCUUUCCAGCAUUUGUUGUGCUUUUCUUUCGCUUUAAUUUGUUUUCAAAGUGGUUUGCCCGUUUUUGACCAUUUAAAAGUUUUCGGCAUGGGAAAAAGAGCUAUUUUCAAUCAAAAAACGCUUUUAAUCCACCUAACAGUGUGAUGAGACAUUUCUUAUAACUCUUAUCUCUCUCUUCGGAUAUUAUAUCGUUUGAGAACAUUUAGAACUUGAUGUUUCGCAAUGUUUUUGAUAACACAUACUACAUGGGAUAGUGGCAGGACUCAGAGAAUCGCUCAAAUCAGCAUAGGACAACAUCAGUGCUAGAAAUCUCAAACCAAAUCAAUGGGAAAGCGAAAAAAUGGCCCAUAAAAUAGAUAUACCAUCGAAUUAUCGUUAAUGCUCUGUUAAUAAAAUAUCUAAAUUGUGGUGGAAAAACUAAAUUUUCCUAAAGGGGUUAUUUAUUUAUCAUUCGCAUGUAUGAAAAAAGCCUUAUGUUUACAUUUGUGAGUAUCGCCCUUUUCACAAAAAAGCGUUGAAAUGAAAUCGCAGCUCCUGAUAUCACGCUAUCUCUGAAGUGCAUGCGUGCAUAGUUCCAAAUUUUACUUCGACAUCGACUUUUUCUAAAGGUGACUUCCCAGUAGUAUCCUUGAUUUGAAUUAUUAUCGCUAAACAAAUAAACAAAUAAACAAAUAAUCCUAAUGCCAAAGAACAAAUAAAAACCUUUCGAAAACGAACCGUUUGGGGAAAUUAUCAUCAUUACAGAAAUUUUCAUUUUCACGAAACUUUUCGAUAGCCUUCUGUCACUUGCGUUAAUGCACUGGGUGCACAGUGCUUCGAAAAUCUAGCGAAAUCGUCUUAGGGCACCAGCGGGUCUAAUUCAGAGCUAUCUGCGCGGUGAGUUAAAUCUGUAAAGAACACUAAAAAUUAAUUUCUAUUCCAUAAUUUUCAGUUCAGCAAUUCGAGAGAUCGUGCUCACCGCAAGCCAUGAAAAAUAGACUACGUUGUGAAGCGAUGGUCACUAUUUAUUAAAAAAUCACGGUUGAAUAAAAAAUUAAACUAUUAAAAAAUUUCAAAUAGUUUAUAAUUUUCACAAACUUAUUAGGAAAAAUUGUUUAAUAAGCUUUCGUAAUAUUGUGUAGGAAAAUUCCAGUAUUUUCUCUAUCUGCAACAUAUAAACCCUUAAGUAUACCAAUUAAUUGGUAUACGAAUUGGAAUAGAUUCGCCAAAUUUUGGAAAAAGUCUAUAAAAUAAUCCCUUGAAAGCUACCUAAAAAUUGUUGUAGUUCGAUGCAAUAAAAAAAUCAUAUUUGGCAAUUCAUAUUUGGCUGAUAAAAUUGGGGUGUCAAUGUAUUAUAAUAGAUAUUCAGCAUUAGAAGAAGUUUCUUGUGAACGAGUGUAGAACGACUUUGUUUCUACUUACUUGAAGUCAGCGGCGUAGCCAGAAAUUCGGUUUGGUGAAAAUCGAUCUUACUGUCCAAACGGCAUAAUUCCGAAACCAUAAUUUUUGAAGUUUUAAAAUUAUGCAGAAUUAUUUUCCAGAAAAUAGUAACAAGGUUCGUGUCUUUAGCGAAUUUCUUGAGACUUUAUUGCAGUCAUGAAUAUUAACCUGAGAAAAUUCACCAUAAAUACUUCUUGGACGAUAUACCGUCAAAAUUAUUUUAUCAAAUGAUGCGCUGCUUAACGUUUGUAAAACUCAUCGAAGAUACUAAACCUCCGAAAUUGGCGGUUUCAAAAUGAUGCUAUCUUGACCUUAAAUAACUGUUUUUGAACAUUUGACCUAUACAUAUAAUUGGUCACACAACAAAAAUCAAGUGCUCAUCAAAAUCGAUCAGAACCUGCUAGAGUCGAAUGGAAAUCGUCAUUUUUCAUAAAUUUCUCUCUACAUUCGGAAAGUGUUAUCCUCGUUAUUAAUCAUAUCACGUUUUCGUCUCAACUCGACGCAUUCCCAAAAUAAAAACCUGUUUUAAUCCACCUAGUGGUGCAAUUGUGCUUGUCUCAUUUGUCCAGACUACGAUUCCAUGGCUGGUUAUGUUCAAUACAAUGGUGGAAAUGAAUAUUACAUGUUCAGUACGAUUUGCACAUACAUACAAUGGAAUCGACAGCCACGAUCUUGAGAUACUGAAACAUCGCUUGAAACCAGCGGCGGAUCAUGGAGAAAGAUCCGGGAGGUCCAGGUCCUGCUGAAAAUUUUCAACUUGUUAAGAAAUUUUAAAUUAGUUUUAAUUUUAAAGUAGCAACCCCUCACCACAUAACAGUUUUUGCAACCGACCGAGACGGUUGUGCCUCCAGGUGGAAGGUUUUGUUCUCGAGAGAGUGACGGAGUGCGAGACGCUGUAUGCGUUAUUGUGGGAGAGAGAGACCAGCUUGUUAAGUGUGAGUCGACAGUUGAUACGUCGGAGGCGUGGUCAACGGCAUCCUCGACAAGUGGUGUUUUGACAGCAAACCGCGGGUAGACGAAUUUGCCUACCACGGUGGAAGAAAUCGACAGUGCUCAUGCAUGUACACACAGAAAAAUUUAAAGGGUUGUGUAAAGGACACGACCACGGUGACAUUAAAAAUGUAGCUUUUUUCAAGAGCGUGCAAAUGAAUUUUAUUUAUCACACAUAUCGACUCACGUUCUUGCUCACUCGCCUGUUUUCAUAUGUUACAAUUUGCUAUAUAACCUCCCCAUUAAAACAUAAUUUAUUGAAGGUUUUAACGGUAAUCUAAUAAUCAAUCAACUAUCUCACUAGGUGAUUGGCAUUAUUUGGCUGAUCCAUCUAGUAAAAAUAGGCUGGUCUGUCCAGAAAAUAUAUUCAAAAGAAAAGCUCCAUAUUGAGAACUCGUCGCUGUUGUGCUAUCUUAUGACAAACGCCAUUUUGGGGUAACUGAGUUAGAUAUGCCACAUCACUUGGCUAAAAAAUCUCUACAAAGUGGCGUUUUCAGAAUUUUGACAUUCUACUUGCUUACUGAGAUAUAGCGAGAAACGUGCUGAGAAAUUUUCAAUUUUUUACUUCAAUUAACUGUGUAUGGGGAUUGGCUCAAGAUAUCUUGAUGUAUAAGAUGUUUUUAUGUUUAAAACUAUCCGAGAUACACAAUGGUAUAAUAAUUUUCAAAACAAAAAUACACGCAUUGUGUGAAAAAAGCAGUUUAAGUUUUCAAUUGGAAAUAUAGCAUGUUUGGCAACACUGUAACCAAAAAUAACUAAUUUUUCUAGAUUCCCUGACUCAUUUCCUUCAAGAUGCAUCUAACAGAUUGUUUAUAGACCAAAUUAAGCCAAAGAUAUGAAUAAAAGUUCAUAAUUGGUGAAUUUUUUCUAUGAAAAAUUUUCCAUGCGCGAUUAUGACACGCCAUACAAAUUUUGCCAUCAAUGCACACCUAUGACACGUGUGAGUGCGACUUUUGUUUACAUUUAUAGUAAAAACUCGCAACAUAGUCAACCGAUCUUCGUAAUAUUUGAGAGAUUAAUACAGAAUAGAUAGAAGCAUCAAUUGUAUUCUUUGAAUUGUUUAUACCAUUUAUAAGUUUCAAGCUAUUCAAUCUCAAACUUUAAAAAUCGUUUUUCUCGGAAUAUGCUAAAUGGCGCUUGUCAUAAGAUAGCACAACAACGACGAACUGUGAUGAGGAAGCCCACGCCCGCCAACGGCAAUAUACAGAUUCUCCAUUUCAUUUUCCAUUUAAAUUUUCAAUAAUGUACUAAUGAACUUAAGUAAACAAUCUUAAGAUUAAGUAUUUCUUGAUCGAUUAGUGGUGGAAAAAAUGAAAUUAUUUGAUAAAUUACAUUGUUAUGCAACGUUCGCACUACCAGUUAAAACGGGUUUUUAUGCUAUCUUGGUGACAUUUUUCUUGUUGCUAAUUAUUAAAACGUGUUAUAACUCUGUAGUGUAAACAUUGUAUUAUUAAACCAAUUCUGCCUUUUUUCUAUUAUAUAGGUGUUUUAUGUGGUAAUAGGACUGACAUAAUUAUAUUUUCAGUACAGCGGUUUGUUUCGUAAUUUAAAGCAGAUUUAUUUUAAAAUUUAAAUUAGUAUACCCAACCGUUCUAUUUGUUGUAUACUUUAAAACGCAAUUAGAACUGUGUUUUUAAUACAUAGGGUAGGACAGAUACUCUGACUGGAUAAACUGGGAAAACAAUUUUAAGACCAGUAACGCUUAAGACAGCGCUUGAAUUUGAAUCGAAAAAGAACACCCGCUUAAACUGCUGCUGGGACGGUAAGUUCUGUUUUAAAAUUUUCCGUUGUGUGCAGUACGAAACAAAAGUGUUUGAAAUUAGAAAACAAAAACUACAAGGGGUAGCCCUAUGGGGUUGCACGAACUGUAGACGUAGGACUAUACUGCUUAAUGUAAAAUAUUUAUUUUCUUAGUACUUAGUGUGUGGGGAAAAAUACCCGGACCGGUGAAGAAAAAUCAAAUUUUAUACAAUAUAAUCACAUCUCAUGUAAAGAACAAGCUUUCUAGAUGCUCUCAAACAGAUCCUAAAAGUUCAAACACCCAUGGAUAACCCCAAGUUUGUAGAUGUGUUUCGAUGCCACAAGAUUGUAAAAUGGCUCGUAUCAUAUUUAACUAACCGUCAACAAAUAGUUAGAUUUAAAGGGAAGAAAUCGAAUCCCAUUCAAGUCACAUCAGGAGUUCCUCAAGGCUCCCAUCUAGGCCCUCUUUUGUUCAUUUUAUUCGUAAACGACAUAUCAUACAUUCUCAAAAACAUAAAAGUUCUUAUCUAUGCCGACGACAUGAAGCUCUUUUUAGAAAUUAGGAACGAACAAGACAUAAAGAUAUUACAGGAAGAAAUACAUAUGUUUUACCUCUGGUGUAACAAAAGCCUUCUGCAACUAAACGUAAAAAAAUGUAAUGCAAUAACUUUUAGUAGGAAACGAAAUACACCUGACAUUUCAAUCACUCUAGGAAAUCAAGUGGUACAAAAGUGCGAAAGAGUUAAAGAUUUGGGAGUCAUUCUAGAUUCAAAAUUAACAUUCAUUGACAAUUACAACACAAUCAUCAAUAGAGCAAAUAACAUGCUUGGAUUUAUAAAGCGUUUUAGUUACAAUUUUAAUGAUCCAUAUACAAUUAAAACAUUAUACAUCUCGUAUGUAAGGUCAAUACUGGAAUAUGGUAGCAUAGUUUGGUCACCUUUCUCAAUCACACAUGAAGAAAGAAUAGAAUCAGUACAAAGGCAAUUUUUAUUGUUUGCACUUCGCAAAAUAGGUUGGACACGAUUUCCUCUCCCAUCUUAUAAAGCUCGCUGUAUGCUCAUUAACAUCCAAACACUAAAAGAGCGCCGAGAAUAUGCAAUGGUUUCAUUUCUAAACGAUAUAAUUUCGUGUCGUAUUGAUUCAGUCGAACUUCUAUCUAAACUUAAUUUUUAUAUACCUUCCCGGCAGUUACGAAUCCGAAAUACAUUUAUAACAAACAAUUAUCGUACAAAUUAUGCCAAGUUUGGACCAUUAAAUCAGAUGAUGGCAACUUACAACAAGCACUGCGAAGCUCUUGACUUAACAAUGACAAAAAGCAAAUUAAAAAAAUAUUUCAAUUCUAUUCGCUUAUAAAGAACAUCCUAAAGUAGUGCUAUGUAAACCAGAUAGUGUUUAGUUUAGUUAUUAGUAUUUUAUGUUUUAAGUGUAUACUAUAUUUUAUCGUUGUAACAAAACGGUCUACUCUUGUUUGACAACAAUAAAUAAAUAAAUAAAUAAAUAUUAAGUCAUGAAAAUUCAAUUCUUCCGUGACAUUUUUUUUGCCUGCAAAAUGCCCUGUGUGUAUGCAAAGCUCAUGAUUUGUUGGGAUAUUAGCAUUGAUCGGAAAAUGCUUUCCAACGCUGCGCAUUGCAUAUAUACAGGACAUUUUGCAGGUCACCAGAAGCUGUUCAUUUUACCACCGACACAUGUUCAUUUUACCCACUCGCUAUAAACAUGUAUCAUUUUUGGACAUGUUUAGAAAUCAAGAAUCAUGUUUGAAAAAUGUGUUUAUGACGAAAUAUUUUUACCAGAUAUGUACAAAACAUGUCUAACAAGAAACAUAUAAGGUGAUUGUAAUAUCUCAUUCACUUAUUAGUUAGAAAAUAAUGACUUUGCUUAACGUGUUCAUUUUACCGCCAGUUCCCCUACCUACCAACACAUUCGCCCAAAACAUUGAACCCAAGCGUACAAUGCAAAAUGAGUCAACGCUGAUGAUGAUGGGUAGAGCGAAAGAGACAACUAGUACCACCACGACACUAUUAGCGCAUUUCACCAAAAUUCCACACGGCCUUUCCCGAUUGAAAGGAACGGCCGCGCUUAGCCCAUCUGUCAUAAUAUCGUGAUUUUGCAUAGCGAAGGGCUGAAUGAUAACACAUUUUGUUCCAAAAAACAGCCCUGCGUUAUGCAACACUUUGUGCAGGUUGAUUAUACCAGUUGCAAGUGGGGCCAAAUUCACCAAGUUUCGUAAAAUUCCUUUUAAAUUACAGAAUUGAUAAAAUUGCUUAGAUGAGCUAAACUAAUUAAUCAAAUCCUGUUUUAAAAACUGUCCUUGCGUUUAAACCAAAAUGGGAAGCUUAUUACUACCACUACAUUACUUAAUUUCAAGCGCAAAUAGCAAAUACAUGUGCUAGUUAAACCAAAAAUUUACUGGCAACAUUACAGCGGAAUUUAGGAAGCAGUUGAAGCGGUCGCCUGUUGGACGACACAGGGUAGCGUCCGUCCACAGCCAGUGUAACGGACUUCUAGCUCAGCUACACUGGCUGUAAAAAACACAGCGCAGUGAUCUGCUUCACCAGCCGUUCAACAGGGAACUGAGCGUGUCUGGCCAAGUCCGUUCUUUAAAUAGUCGAUGAUGACGUCAUUCAUAGAAGCGUUGCGCGCUAGGUACACCAAUCCGUCGUACAGGGCUUGGGAAGCGCUAUCUUCUGUGUGUAAAUGCGCGAUAUUUUGACAAGGUUGUAUAUUAUUUAAUUUUUUAAUGCUAUGAUAUCAAAAAUCGUUGGGUUUAUCUAUUGGAAUCUAUUCUUAGAAGUAUUUCGGGGCGAUUUGCGCAAAAAAAUUGAAAAUUUAUCGUGAGAUGGCUGAAUUAUAUGCGUUUAAAAUUGGACCACUUUUCGUUACAUACCAUUUUUGUAGAAUUUCAGAGUGCACCCCCAUAUCGAAAACAAAGACGUAGUCCUACGUCAAAAGUUUUGCUGGGAAUGUGAUUGUUUCCGAUGCAAUUACACUCAGGUUUUUUAACGCAGGGGAUACAGGCCGUGCAAAUGAAAACCGCGUAAAUUUCAAAAAAACGCGUAAAUGAAAACCGCGUAAAUUUCAUAAUCCGCGUAAAAAAACCUGAGUGUACUCUCCUAUAUAAAAUACUACGCUGCUGAACAGUACAAUAACUACAGAAGCACGUUGUCAGAUGUCUUACUGAAAAAAACAUAACCGAAAUAUGAGAACCAAUAGGCUCUUUACCCUACGCAGCUACAAAGCGCGCAUGGAUUAACAAGUUACAACGCACACGCAUGCAUAAAAAUAAAUAUAUUUUUUUCAAACGCAACACUCUUAAGCAACACACACCGUAUUGAAUUAAAUCAAAACCACACCACCCACCCACCCACUUUGCAAAUCAUUCUGUGACACCGUGCUGGUACCCGAAAAAUCCGCACACGGCCACCGCUGCCGAAAAUGCAUAGCGUCUACCGCUUAUUGUAAUGCCCAGACGCUGCAGCCAUGAUCUUACCCGUUCGACAUAAGAACAAAAACUGAUUCGAACGGGUACGCGUCACCUCUAUUUAUAAACUAACCGUAUAUGGUUUAGUCACUUAGGUGCGAGUGUGUGCAAAUGCCACCGUUGCCGAAAAUCGAUAGCGCUUAUUGCAUCGCCCGGAGACGAUGUUGCUCGUAUGGGAUAAGAGCAACAACUGAUUUAAACGGACAUGCGUUGCUUCUAUUUAUGACUUUUCGUGUGUGAUUGAGGCACUAACCUACCCUCUAAUGACGGCUGUGUCUGAGAAAUCUGCCUCACGAAUGGUAAUUUUCCCGUUUUUCGUGAACUUUUUAAUUUUACCAAUUUUUAAAAGUCUACUUUUAUUGGGGAGAUAUUAAAUUAUUACCAAUAUUUAAGUUAGGUGUUUCUGAAUCGGUUGGUGUAUGAAUGAUUAAAAUCCAUCUAGUAAUAUCGGAGUUAUAAGCGUGCAAACCUUACAUAGUUUUGUUACAUGGGAGAUAGUUUAGAUUUUAGAAUGACACCUAGCCCCAGAUAGUGGAGUAAGACAUUUUUAAUGUCAAAAAUAUAGUGUAUUGGUGUCGUCGGGCAAUUCUAAUCGACGAGAGGGAAGCGUCACAGGUAGACCCAUUUGCUCUAUUUGUCUACCGCAGAAGUGGUACGACGAAUAAGGAAAACAAGUGGCACCGAUAAGUGCCGCAUCGACAGUGGGAUUUUCGCAGCAAGCCACAGGUAGCCACAUUUGUCUACCGAGGUGGUGGAAACAGAGAGAGCGCGCUUGUGGUGGUGAUACCGACGAGCAGCUUAAUCGGAGAGAGUUUUGAAGUGUUGCAGGUAGGACUAUUUCUCUACUGAAGAAGCAACGCGACGAAGAAGGACAGCAAGUGUCACAUUGUCAAACAACGGGCACCGAGAUUACAACGUAACACAUGAGGUGUGUUCUAACGGUGUCUUCGUCACCUAAUAGAUAGCAGAUAAUAGGUAUAUUUUUCAUUCCUUUUUGUGAAAGUUUUUCUUACUAGGUAAAAUGGAUGAAGAGAUGGGAGAACGAGUAACAGACCCUCCCCCUAAGCCUUCUGCUGAAAAUGUAAAUCCGACUAGAAUUAAAAUUUACCCAGAGUCGUCAACGGGACCAUGGAUUGUAUUUAUUAGGCGUAAAGCAAAGGCGCUAAAUAUCAUUCAAAUUUCUAAAGAUUUGACUUCGCGAUUCUCGGAUGUAAAAGAGAUCGUCAAAGUUAAUAAAGAUAAAAUACGCAUUGUCGUUGGUAGUCUCAAACAAGCCAAUGCAAUUGCUUCUUGUGAGCUUUUUACGCGUGAAUAUAGAGCGUAUAUUCCUUCAAAGGAAAUUGAAAUUGAUGGGGUCAUCACAGAAUCGAGUUUGACUGUUGAUGACUUAGUUAAGCAUGGGGUUGGUCGUUUCAAAGACACCAUACUUAAAGACGUAAAAAUACUUGAAUGCAAGCAAUUACAUUCAGUAUCACACGAAGGAGAUAAAAAAGUUUAUCGAUUGUCUGACUCAUUUCGAGUGACUUUCGCUGGGUCUGCGCUGCCCAACUAUGUCAUUACCGAUAAGAUUCGUCUCCCUGUUCGCCUUUUUAUCCCUCGUGUAAUGAAUUGCCUUAAUUGCAAACAGCUUGGCCACACAGCCACUUACUGUUCCAAUAAGGCACGGUGUGGCAAAUGUGGGGGUUCUCAUCAAGAGAAUACAUGCAAUGAAAAUUCAGAAAAAUGUUUAAUGUGCGGAGAAAACUCGCAUGAGCUCCCUGCAUGCCCCAUUUAUAAAUUGCGUGAGAAUAAAAUUAAACGAUCCUUGAAGGAGAGGUCUAAGCGCUCCUAUGCAGAAAUGUUUAAAAAUGCUACCCCUAAACCCAUCUUCUUAGAAAACACUUACACAUCUCUAUUUUCGGAACAGUCUGACUCUGACGGAGCGUGCGAAGGUACAUCAUUUGUUUUACCCGGAAAUUCCAGAAAAAGAAAACAGUCUUCUUUUCCCAAGCUGCCAAGAAAGGGCCUUAAAAUUUCUCCACCAAUAGAUAAACUGCGCCCAAAACCGAAAAAUUCCGAUUCAAAACCGAAAUCAAUUCCGCCCGGUUUUGGGAACGUACAAUCCAAACUGAACACCAUUACUGGAAAUAAUAAAAUUUCGACUUCCUCUGAGCCUCAGCCGGGGGUAGGAUUAUUGAAAUUUUCUGAAAUUGUUGAUUGGAUUUUUAAAGCAUUCAAUAUUUCUGAACCACUAAAGAGUAUACUUUCAGCUUUCCUCCCAACAAUUAGAACAUUUUUAGAGCAGCUGAUUGCUCAAUGGCCCAUCCUUGCAGCAAUUAUAUCUUUCAAUGGUUAAUUCAACUCCUAAGGUGAAAGACUCCAUCACUGUUUUACAGUGGAAUUGCAGAAGUAUCAUACCAAAAAUUGAUUCCUUAAAAAUUUUACUGCAUGAUUUACAAUGCGAUGCUUUUGCUCUAUGUGAAACAUGGCUUACCUCAAACAUUAAUUUCAACUUAAAUGAUUUCAACAUUAUUCGCCUAGACCGAGACACCCCGUAUGGAGGAGUGCUUCUAGGAAUUAAAAAGUGCUAUUAUUUCUAUAGAAUUAACAUCCCCUUGUUUGCGGGCAUUGAGGCUGUAGCUGUCCAAACGAACAUUAAAGGCAAAGACAUGUCUAUCGCUUCUAUAUAUAUACCUCCCAAAGUUCAAAUUGGACAACGUCAAAUUUUUGAGGUAGUGGAAUCCAUGGCUGCUCCGCGUCUGAUACUGGGAGACUUCAACUCGCACGGAGUAUUGUGGGGUUCCCUCUACAAUGAUAAUCGAUCCUCUUUGAUAUACAAUGUGUGUGACGAAUUUAAUAUGACAGUUUUAAAUACUGGCGAAACAACACGCAUCCCCAGACCUCCUGCACGUCCAAGUGCAUUAGAUCUAUCUCUGUGCUCGACAUCACUUCGGUUAGAUUGCACGUGGAAGGUUGUACCUGAUCCUCACGGUAGCGAUCAUUUACCAAUCGUUGUUUCAAUUAACAGUGAAUUAGGCCUUACGAAUUCAAUCAAUGUCCCUUAUGACUUAACACGAAAUAUUGAUUGGAAAACAUACGAAACAUUAAUUUCCACUUCUCUUGCUUCGACAGAAGAGCUACCCCCUACCGAAGAAUAUGAAUUCCUAGCGGGUUUAAUUAUUGAAGCAGCAGAACAAGCCCAAACGAAAUGCAAUCCUGGAAUGACAAUAAAUAGACGGCCCCCUAAUCCUUGGUGGGACAAAGAGUGCUCUGAUGCAUAUGAAGCUAAACAAGUUGCCUACAAAGAAAUUAUGAAACAGAAAGGGGGUAUACGUGAGAACUUUGAAAAUUAUUUCAUUUUGCAAAACAAAUUUGACAGUAUACGUCGUGCCAAAAAGUCUAGUUAUUGGAGACGCUUCGUUGAUGGCUUGUCAAGAGAAACAUCAAUGAGUACUCUUUGAAACACAGCCAGAAGAAUGAGGAAUCGUAACGUGACUAAUGAAAGCGAAGAUUUUUCGAAUCGUUGGAUAUUUAAUUUUGCCAAGAAAAUUUGUCCAGAUUCUGCUCCUGCGCAGAAAAUCAUUCGCGAUGCUCCCACAAGUAACGAUUUCAUAGAUUCGCCUUUGACAAUGAUGGAAUUUUCAAUUGCACUCCUCUCAUGCAACAAUAAUGCUCCGGGACUAGACAGAAUUAAAUUCAACUUGGUGAAGAAUCUGCCUGACCUAGCAAAAAGACGCUUGUUGAAUUUAUUCAAUAAACUUCUUGAGCAGAACAUUGUCCCGCACGACUGGAGACAAGUGAGAGUUAUCGCUAUUUCAAAACCGGGAAAACUAGCCUCCGAUCAUAACUCGUAUCGACCGAUUGCAAUGCUAUCCUGCAUCAGGAAAUUGUUGGAAAAAAUGAUCCUACGACGACUCGACAAUUGGGUUGAGGCGAACGGCUUGCUAUCAGAUACCCAGUUUGGUUUUCGGAGGGGAAAGGGAACGAAUGAUUGUCUGGCGCUACUUUCGUCAGAAAUCCAACUCGCUUACGCAAAAAAAGAACAAAUGGCGUCUGUGUUCUUAGACAUAAAAGGAGCAUUCGACUCAGUCUCCAUUGAUGUUCUCUCGGAGAAGCUACAUCAAUGUGGUCUUUCACCGAUAUUAAAUAAUUAUUUAUAUAAUUUAUUGUCAGAAAAGCACAUGCAUUUUUCAUAUGGCGAUUUGGCGACACUCAGAACAAGUUACAUGGGCCUCCCACAAGGCUCUUGUCUAAGCCCCCUUCUCUAUAAUCUUUACGUGAAUGACAUUGAUAAUUGUAUUGUUAGCCCAUGCACUUUAAGACAACUUGCAGAUGAUGGGGUGGUUUCUGCCACAGGACCAAAAGCUAUAAAUUUACAACAACCAUUGCAAGAUAGCUUGGAUAAUUUAUCAAUUUGGGCUUUAAAGCUGGGAAUCGAUUUCUCUACGGAGAAAACAGAGUUGGUCGUUUUCUCAAGGAAGCGUGAUCCAGCUCAGCUUCAGCUUCAGUUGGUUGGUAGAACGAUAGCCCAAGUCCUGACUUUUAAAUACCUUGGAAUUUGGUUCGAUUCUAAAGGCACAUGGGGAGGCCACAUUAGGUAUCUAAUAACGAAAUGCCAACAAAGGAUAAAUUUUCUGCGAACAAUAACUGGAUCAUGGUGGGGUUCUCAUCCAAGUGACAUGAUAAGAUUGUAUCAAACAACAAUACUUUCAGUAAUGGAAUAUGGGUGCAUCUGUUUCCGUUCAGCUGCGAACACUCACAUUAUUAACCUGGAACGGAUACAGUAUCGCUGUUUACGAAUUGCCUUAGGUUGCAUGCAGUCGACCCAUACGAUGAGUCUUGAAGUACUAGCGGGAGUUCUUCCUUUAAAAGACCGAUUCUGGGAUCUCUCUUCUCGUUUACUUAUUCGAUGUGAGGUUAUGAACCCACUGGUAAUUGAAAAUUUUGAAAGACUUGUCGAGCUUCAACCCCAAACCAGAUUCAUGACAAUGUAUUUCAAUCACAUGUCACAAGAAAUAACGCCUGCUAGGUAUGUUCCCACAUACGUCAAUAUACUAGAUACUCCUAAAUCCACCUUAUUCUUCGACACGUCCAUGCAAGCAGAGAUUCGUGGAAUUCCGGAUCAUCUACGCUCGCGGGAGAUCCCUAAAAUAUUCACAAGUAAAUAUCAACACAUAGACUCAUAACAGUUUUUGCAACCGACCGAGACGGUUGUGCCUCCAGGUGGAAGGAUUUGUUCUCGAGAGAGUGACGGAGUGCGAGACGCUGUAUGCGUUAUUGUGGGAGAGAGAGAGACCAGUUUGUUAAGUGUGAGUCGACAGUUGAUACGUCGGAGGCGUGGUCAACGGCAUCCUCGACAAGUGGUGUUUUGACAGCAAACCGCGGGUAGACGAAUUUGCCUACCGCGGUGGCAGAGAUCGACAGUGAUCGUGCCUGUACACACAGAAAAAAAUAUAGUGUAUUGGUGUCGUCGGGCAAUUCUAAUCGACGAGAGGGAAGCGUCACAGGUAGACCCAUUUGCUCUAUUUGUCUACCGCAGAAGUGGUACGACGAAUAAGGAAAACAAGUGGCACUGAAAAGUGCCGCAUCGACAGUGGGAUUUUCGCAGCAAGCCACAGGUAGCCACAUUUGUCUACCGAGGUGGUGGAAACGGAGAGAGCGCGCUUGUGGUGGUGAUACCGACGAGCAGCUUAAUCGGAGAGAGUUUUGAAGUGUUGCAGGUAGGACUAUUUCUCUACUGAAGAAGCAACGCGACGAAGAAGAACAGCAGGUGUCACAUUGUCAAACAACGGGCACCGAGUUUACAACGUAACACAUGAGGUGUGUUCUACAGGUAUAACAGGUAUAUUUUUCAUUCCUUUUUGUGAUAGUUUUUCUUGCUAGGUAAAAUGGAUGAAGAGAUGGGAGAACGAGUAACAGACCCUCCCCCUAAGCCUUAUGCUGAAAAUGUAAAUCCGACUAGAAUUAAAAUUUACCCAGAGUCGUCAACGGGACCAUGGAUUGUAUUUAUUAGGCGUAAAGUAAAGGCGCUAAAUAUUAUUCAAAUUUCUAAAGAUUUGACUUCGCGAUUCUCGGAUGUAAAAGAGAUCGUCAAAGUCAAUAAAGAUAAAAUACGCAUUGUCGUUGGUAGUUUCAAACAAGCCAAUGCAAUUGCUUCUUGCGAGCUUUUUACGCGUGAGUAUAGAGCGUAUAUUCCUUCAAAGGAAAUUGAAAUUGAUGGGGUCAUCACAGAAUCGAGUUUGACUGUUGAUGACUUAGUUAAGCAUGGGGUUGGUCGUUUCAAAGACACCAUACUUAAAGACGUAAAAAUACUUGAAUGCAAGCAAUUGCAUUCAGUAUCACACGAAGGAGAUAAAAAAGUUUAUCGACUGUCUGACUCAUUUCGAGUGACUUUCGCUGGGUCUGCGCUGCCCAACUAUGUCAUUAUCGAUAAGAUUCGUCUCCCUGUUCGCCUUUUUAUCCCUCGUGUAAUGAAUUGCCUUAAUUGCAAACAGCUUGGCCACACAGCCACUUACUGUUCCAAUAAGGCACGGUGUGGCAAAUGUGGGGGUUCUCAUCAAGAGGAUACAUGUAAUGAAAAUUCAGAAAAAUGUUUAAUGUGCGGAGAAAACUCACAUGAGGUCCCUGCAUGCCCCAUUUAUAAAUUGCGUGAGGAUAAAAUUAAACGAUCCUUGAAGGAGAGGUCUAAGCGCUCCUAUGCAGAAAUGUUGAAAAAUGCUACCCCUAAACCCAUCUUCUUAGAAAACACUUACACAUCUCUAUUUUCGGAACAGUCUGACUCUGACGGAGCGUGCGAAGGUACAUCAUUUGUUUUACCCGGAAAUUCCAGAAAAAGAAAACAGUCUUCUUUUCCCAAGCUGCCAAGCAAGGGCCUUAAAAUUUCUCCACCAAUAGAUAAACUGCGCCCAAAACCGAAAAAUUCCGAUUCAAAACCGAAAUCAAUUCCGCCCGGUUUUGGGAACGUACAAUCCAAACAGAACACCAUUACUGGAAAUAAUAAAAUUUCGACUUCCUCUGAGCCUCAGCCGGGGGUAGGAUUAUUGAAAUUUUCUGAAAUUGUUGAUUGGAUUUUUAAAGCAUUCAAUAUUUCUGAACCACUAAAGAGUAUACUUUCAGCUUUCCUCCCAACAAUUAGAACAUUUUUAGAGCAGCUGAUUGCUCAAUGGCCCAUCCUUGCAGCGAUUGUAUCUUUCAAUGGGUAAUUCACCUCCUCCAAUGAAAGAUUCCAUCACUGUUUUACAGUGGAAUUGCAGAAGUAUCAUACCUAAAAUUGAUUCCUUAAAAAUUUUACUGCAUAAUUUAAAAUGCGAUGCUUUUGCUCUAUGUGAAACAUGGCUUACCUCAAACAUUAAUUUCAACUUAAAUGAUUUCAACAUUAUUCGCCUAGACCGAGACACCCCGUAUGGAGGAGUGCUUCUAGGAAUUAAAAAGUGCUAUUCUUUCUAUAGAAUUAACAUCCCCUUGUUUGCGGGCAUUGAGGCUGUAGCUGUCCAAACGAACAUUAAAGGCAAAGACAUGUCUAUCGCUUCUAUAUAUAUACCUCCCAAAGUUCAAAUUGGACAACGUCAAAUUUUUGAGGUAGUGGAAUCCAUGGCUGCUCCGCGUCUGAUACUGGGAGACUUCAACUCGCACGGAGUAUUGUGGGGUUCCCUCUACAAUGAUAAUCGAUCCUCUUUGAUUUACAAUGUUUGUGACGAAUUUAAUAUGACAGUUUUAAAUACUGGCGAAACAACACGCAUCCCCAGACCUCCUGCACGUCCAAGUGCAUUAGAUCUAUCUCUGUGCUCGACAUCACUUCGGUUAGACUGCACGUGGAAGGUUGUACCUGAUCCUCACGGUAGCGAUCAUUUGCCAAUCGUUGUUUCAAUUAACAGUUAAUUAGGCCUUACGAAUUCAAUCAAUGUUCCUUAUGACUUAACACGAAAUAUUGAUUGGAAAACAUACGAAACAUUAAUUUCCACUUCUCUUGCUUCGACAGAAGAGCUACCCCCUACCGAAGAAUAUGAAUUCCUAGCGGGUUUAAUUAUUGAAGCAGCAGAACAAGCCCAAACGAAAUGCAAUCCUGGAAUGACAAUAAAUAGACGGCCCCCUAAUCCUUGGUGGGACAAAGAGUGCUCUGAUGCAUAUGAAGCUAAACAAGUUGCCUACAAAGAAAUUAUGAAACAGAA